AUGCAUCGAACAGUGACAAAUCGUCAAAGAGCUGAAAUUCAAUUAGAAAGUAUUCUUAAUGAUCCUGAAGUUCCAUCACCAAUAUUUGCGCAUCGUACAAGUGAUCAAGUAACUACUGACGAAUUCGCAAUUGAAGCAGUAUCAAAAUUACUUAGUACUCAACCAUUUAUUAUUGAACGUCUUGUAAAAAUAAUUUAUCCGUUAAAAAAUGAUGAAAAUUCUAGAACAUUAAAUAAAUUUGAAGUACAAAAAUUAACACGAGUUUUAAAUGGUGCUGUGGAUGUUCGUACCCUUUUAUUUUUCAUGAUACUUGAUGAAAAUGAUAAGAAUUAUAUAACAAAUCGUGGAUUAUCACAAUUUUAUGAAAAUUAUUUAGAAAAUCUUAAAACAUUUGAUAAUGAUCGAUUGCAAGAAGUUAUUCAAGUCUUACUUCAAAAAUUUCAUCUUGAUCAAAAAUUACAAAUUGAUUAUGAAGAGUUUUUUUCAAUUGUUUCAAAGGAUUCAACUUUACUUGAAACAUUAUCACAAUUUACUGUUCAUCCAACAUGGUUUAUUGAAAGAUCAUCGUCUUCAUUAAAACAACGAACUAGAUUAGAAAAGUUUUUUUCAAACCUUUGUUGGCAAAAAACAAUAUAUGAACAAGGACAAAAAAAAUUAACUGUUGAUUACGUUAAAGAUAAUCUUUCACAUAUUAUUUUUCUAAUUCUUUAUUUAUUAGUUAAUCUUGUUUUACUUCUUUAUGUUGUUAUUUAUCAAUCAAAUGUAACUAAAUCACAUGUAAUUGUUGUAUUGGCACGCAUUGGAGGAAUGUUAUUGAAUUUUAAUUGUUCAUUAGUUAUUGUACUUAUGCUUAAACGAACUAUUUUACUUAUUCGAACAAAUAUUAUAUUAAGAAAAUUAAUACCUGUCGAUGAUCAUAUAAGUUUCCAUAAAUUUGUUGGACGUGUUAUUGUAGAUCUAGUUAUUCUACAUGUCAUUGCACACAUGGUUAAUUUUGGAAGAAUGAAAGAAUAUUCAUGGAGAAUUUAUAUGUUCACUACAAUUCCUAACAUUGGAUGGUUUAGUGGUUUUGCACCAUUAAGUGGAGUUAUUUUAUGUGUUAUUCUUGCAAUUAUUGUUUUUUGCUCAAUGGAAUGGAUUCGACGAAGUGGUCAUUUUGAGGCAUUUCAAUUUUAUCUUAUUAUUUAUAUUAAUAAAUUGAAUAAAUGGAUUAUUGGUCCUUUGUCAUUACUUUUAUUAGAAAAAUUUUACUCACUCUUAACACGUUAUUCAUCACGUAGUGGACGAACACAUCUUCAUUCAGUAACGAUUGAACAAUCGAAUGUUAUUAGUUUGUGUAUUCAUCGACCGAAAUAUUUUACUUUCAAACCUGGUGAUUAUGUAACCAUCAAUUUACCUCGUGUUGCACUUUAUGAAUUUCAUCCAUUUACUAUAAGUAGUGCACCGGAAGACACAAAUUAUCUUACUGUUCAAAUACAAGCGGUUGGUAAUUGGACAAAACGAAUUUAUCAACAUUUUAAAGAUAUGUCUGAAGCUGAUGCUCAAGAAAAUCAUGUUAAAGUUUAUCGUGCUGAUCUUUAUCCUGAACAAGGGAUUGCUAAACUAGAAAAGAAUAUUCAAAAAGAUAAUCUUGGACGUGUUGAAAGUAAUUUUGAAGAUGAUGAAAAUGAAACUACACCAUCAAAUCUGAGUACAAAAUCAAUUAAACGAGAAUAUAUUGUUAUUAAUGGACCUUAUUCAUCAAGUGCACGCUAUGUAUUUGAUUGCAAGCAUGUUGUACUUAUUGGUGGUGGUAUUGGUAUAACACCACAUGCAUCAAUAUUAUCAAGUCUGAUGGCUCAGUUUCGUGCAUCACGGAUUGUAUGUAAACAUUGUCAAGGCAUAAAUUAUCAUACUAAAGGUCUUGAAGGAAAUUGUUCAUUAAAAAAAGUUGAUUUUAUUUGGGUAAAUCGUGAUCAAAACAAUUUUGAAUGGUUUCUUAAUCUUCUUCGUCAAUUUGAACAAGAACAAGAGUAUUACUUAGCAUCGAAUUCUGAUGAAAAACGUUUUCUUGAUAUACAUCUAUAUUUUACAGAAAUUAAACAUGAUGACAAUAUUGGUUAUGUACCACUAGAUCUUGUCACAAAAGUUUGGGCAGAAAUAGCAGGUCAAGAUAUAUUUACAGAUUUAAAAUCUAAAACACAUAUUGGACGACCAAAAUGGGACGAAUUAUUUAAUAGUCUUAUUUCAGGUGAAAACAGUUCAACAGCUAAUGAUGUUAAUGUCUUUUUUUGUGGACCAUCAACUAUGGGAAAAGUUGUUCGAGAACAUUGUGAAACGUAUAGAUUUCGAUACUAUAAAGAAAAAUUUUGA